AUGAACAACCAGGGACAAGCAGCCGGCCAGAAAGAGGACUACCUCGACAAGGGACUUGAUGCCGUCGAGAAGAAGUUCGGACAAGGCAAGAUCGACCCUCAAAAGUCCCGCGGUAUGAACGAGAAGAUCACCGACUCGGCCCGAGAGAUGUUUGAGAAGGCCACGGGCAAGAAUGUUCCAGAGAAGUUCAGCAACUAG